AGAAGCAAAAAUAAAAGUCAUUCAAUAUAGUAUUGUAUUUUAACUACUUAAAUAAAAAUUAAUAAUUUGCUGAAAAUAUGGCAGAUAUUAAAUGUUUAUAUCAAGACAUUAAAACCGAAUGGAAUAAAACUACUCCUAAUUUAAAAAAGUGUGAACCUUUAAUUAAUGAUCUUAAGAUCGCUCUCACUAAACUUUCAUAUUUACCAACUGGAGAGUUAACAACACUUUCCAAAGAUGAAAUGAUUUUGUCUCGUAAUAUAUUGGAAAUUGCUGUUGAAUAUAGUGUUGCUAGCAAGGAUAUACCAGCAUUUGAAAGAUAUAUGGCACAAUUGAAAUGUCAUUAUUAUGAUUAUAAAAAUAUAAUUGGCGGUUCCGAAAAUAUGUAUAAACUUCUUGGUUUGAAUUUAUUGUUUUUAUUAUCAGGAAAUCGUGUAUCCGAUUUUCAUAUUGAAUUAGAACUUUUACCAGCUGAAGUGAUUCAAACAAACGAAUUUAUAAGACCAAUUCUUGCCUUAGAGCAAUAUAUAAUGGAAGGUCGUUAUAAUAAAAUAUUUGAAGCAAAGAAUGGAACUCAUCCAGAAAUAUACAAUUUUUUUAUGGAUUUACUUUUGGAAACAGUUCGAGAUGAAAUUGGCGCAUGUAUAGAAAAAUCAUAUGAUAAAAUUUCUAUCAAAGAAGCCGCUAAACGAUUGAAUUUGAAGAGCAAAGAUGCAGUUCGUGCAUUUGGAGCAAAAAAGAAAUGGCAUCUUGAAUCAGAUGAAGUAUUUUAUUUCAGUACUAAUGUAACAAAACCAAAAGAACCUCUUCCAUCAACAGAGUUAGCAGAACAAGUAAUAUUUUAUGCUAGAGAAUUGGAAAUGAUUGUUUAAAUAAGCUUAAGAUUAAUAAAUUUUUUGUAUCAUUCUAAUAAGGUAUUUUAAUAAAAAUAAAUUAAAAGUUGA